CAGUGGCGGAAGCAUUUUCGCGACGCACACUGCUAGCUGGUCGAGCAAAACAAACACGGACGAUCAUUUCAUUUCUGGCCCACGAUUUAUUUCAACUCUUAACGCUCAAGAGUUUUUGCCAUUUCCAUUUGGGGCUGUAGUCCGUCCUCAGAGCGCGAUGGAAGGCAGCAGCUUCCAGACUCAGAUGUUGUCCAUCAUGGAGGUUUUCGCGCAGGCGGCGGUGGCGGAGAUCAACCGGCGGGUGGACGACUGCUGCGCGGUUCUGCGGCUGGAGGUGAGCCAGAGCCGCCGGGACAUCGACUCCCUGAAGAGGAAGUGCGAGCUGAUGGAGGCCGAGCUGAGGCGGAGACGCCUGCGCGUCCGGAGGAAAGGGUUUUCUCCUCCUGCCGUCACCCUGAGCCUGGAGACCCAAGACCAGCCCUGCGUCCACGAACCAGAGCCGUGUGGAGUCCAGCUCCCUGCUGGGGUCCAGGUCAAGGAGGAAGUGGAGUGGCAGUUUGAAAACCCUCCAGAGAAGUUGGAUUUUGGAUCUUCAGCGCCCGAGGAUGCCUCUCAUGAAGUCCCCUUUGAGCCCAGCUCCAUGGUUUCCCCCGCAGAGUUGCAGAGUGAACAGGAGCCAUUGGUGAAAAGGGAGUUGGUGGAAGCUCCCGACGACGCCGAGGUGCUCGCCCCACUGUGGUUGUCGGAGCAGAAUGUUGAGCCGGACGUCUCGCAGCAGGUCCCUCACAGAGACGAGAGACCACUGGUGACACAAACUUGGACUCAGCAGGACCAAGGAGGCGCGGCUUCAUCGAGGGAUCAGCGGCAGCUCAGCCACUCCGGACACAUGAGUCGGAAUCCGUCCGCCAACCUGCCAGCGUUUGGUGGCUACUGUCGCAGCAGGAGGACGAGGACCCCGUGGAGAUCCUGCCCCGGCGAGAGACGGUACGGCUGCACCUACUGCGACAAAAGCUUCCUGUGGUUCAACCACCUGAAGGAGCACGUGCGAAGUCACACGGGCGAGAAGCCGUACAGCUGCCAGCAGUGCGGGCGCAGGUUCACCAAACAGUUCAACCUGAUGCGACACGCCGUGGUGCACAGCGGAGAGAAGCCCUUCCAGUGCUCGCUGUGCGGCAAGUGCUUCACGCAGCGCUCCGGCCUCAAGUCGCAUCAGAAGAACGCUCACUGACUGUAGUGGGGAGUGGGAGACUUGGAGCUGGAGUCUGAUUCAAGCAGGGAGGCUGCGGAAGGUGAGACCAACCCACAGGGUCUCAAGCUGGAGACGAUGGAGAAAUGUUCUUAGAACUAAGGUCUGUAGAGUUUGAUUUAAAACACCUGUUCUGACUUAUUUGUUGACAUGAGUAAAGUUUGAAUUUAAAUACUUCUCUUGUGGCUGAUAUAAAAAGGAGAUGUGCUUCACACCAAGUGAGUGAGAAGACCACAGCUAUUUUUCUUUUUCGCUAUAAUUUAUCACUCAGUUUCACAAGUAAUAAGCUCUUGCAAUAAAUGUAUAGAAAGCCGGAUGUCAACAGUCGACUGCAGGAAUGCAGCUGAGAGUUUCCCUGAGAUAUAAAAUAGAUCUAGCAUUUUCAAUGUUAAAAUAAAAAACAUGGAGUUUAGCGUGAAUAUAUUUGUGUGUCGACCCUUUGAAAAGUACCAGUGUUGUUAUCAAGUUAUUUACAAAAACAUUUAUCAAGCGACUGGUUCAGAUGUUAAAAAUGUCUGGUGGGAAACGUGGGGAAAGUCAUUCGCACUGCACAGAUGUGUCACUUAAAUAAAACUACAGUGGAUAAUUUGAUCUGGAGCAGAACUAAAGUGAAAUCUACUUCAGUCUAACUCUUUGUGGGGUUUCAUGCUGCGCACUCGGUCUGCAGACAAAGUGCGUUCGGCUCAAUAAGUCCGACGUGAACACAAGUGAGUGGGAUUUUGGGUGCGGACUUGAUCUCACUGUGAAUUUUUCUUUCUGGACAAAGGAUUAAACCUGAGCAAAGUCUGAUAUGGAACUGCGUCUGCAGCUGUUAUACAAUAAACUAUUAA